UGUCGUUAGCGCCGCGGCGGCUAAAAAACUGCGAGCUAAAGUUUCACUUUCUGCCGGUCGGAGACUUCCAGAGAAACGAAAGGUGCGAGGCGGGUUGCAGCCGCGCCCCGUCCAGGGUCGCAGAUGACAGUUUUCCUAGCAAAUCCUGCCGCUUUUUAGCGCUUGUUUCCCCCAGUUUGUGACAGAGAGCUGCGGCUAAGCGGCUAGCAUGGAGGAAAACGUGGAGAAACCGAUGGACGACUACCUGAAAACCAUCGGUCUGCACCGGAAAAAGGUCGCCAAAGACGGAUCGUGUCUGUUCCGAGCUGUGGCCGAGCAGGUGCUGCACUGCCAGAGUCUGCACACCCAGGUCCGAGCCAGGUGUGUGGACUUUCUGAAGCAGAACAGAGACAGUUACGAGGCGUUUAUUGAAGGAGACUUCGAGGAGUACCUGUCCAAGCUCCGGGACCCGCAGCAGUGGGUGGGGGAGGUGGAGAUCAACGCGCUGGCCGUCAUGUACAGGAGGGAUUUUCUGAUCUUUCAGGAAGCUGGAAAACCUCCGGUCAACAUCACGGACAACAACUUCCAGGACAAGGUGCAGCUGUGUUUCCUGAAUGGAAACCACUACGACAGCGUGUAUCCCAUCGACCGCCUGAAGAACGCCGCCCUCUGUCAGUCCAUCCUGUACGAGCUGCUGUACGAAGGCGUGUUCAACGUGGACCGGAGCGUCCUGGCUCGGUGCCACCGGACCAGCCGGCCCUCCGAGCUGCUGAGUGACGACGGCAUGGCCGCCUGCGCCAGCAGCGACGACUCCGACCCGGACGCCGACGAGCCGCUGUGGGUCGAGACCGAGACCAGCUCCACGUCCUCGCGACCCGGCGCCCAGAACAACAGGGGUCGCGGCCGCGGCCGGCAGCUCACCGAGAGGGCGCGGCGGUCCCUGAACCCCACGCUGCUCAGGAACGUGGAGUACGACGUCUGGCAGAAGAGCAAGAGAGCCCAGCAGAAGAUGGACUACUGCAUCGCCGCGGGGAUGCAGUUCUCAGUGGGCGAUCGCUGCCAGGUCCGUCUGGAGAGCGGUGGGCGGAGCUACAGCGCCACCAUCACAGAGGCCCCGCCCGGCAACGGCCCGGUGACCGUCUACAUCGAGGAGCUGGGAGUAAGACAGGUGUCCCUGUGGAGUCUCCGCCCCCCCGGCGAGGACGACCGCUGGAGUCUGGUGGUCAACCGGGACAGGAAGUUGAGCAACGGGCACGGAGCGUCCGCCGCGCCCGCGUCGGAGGACCGGGCCAGAGGACGGGGACGGGGGCGGUCCGGCCCGGCGGCCGCCGCCGCGACGGUUUCCCCGGCAACCACGGCGGGCUCCAGCGGGCGCGUGCAGAAGCAGCACUCGUGGCCCCCGCAGGCGGGAGGAGACGAGCAGGGAGCCCCCAAAACCAGGAAGUCGGGCAGCGCGGCGGAGUUCGGCCUGACGGAGGAGGAGGAGACGGACCUGGCGCUGGUGGAGAUCCAGCUCUGGGACGAGCUCAGCUUCCCGGCCCUGGGGCCUGCAGCCGCCGGAGACGGAGCCCGGAGGAAGCCGGUGGAGAGGAGGAGGUCCCAGAGGAACAAGACGGACAGUCCCGUCGAGGUGGUGGGGGCGGCGUCUCCCCCGGCGGGAGACAAGCCUCCACCCUCCACCCCGCCUCCAUCUUCACCAGUAGCCAGUACCACGGCCGGCUCCCCGUCCGCCUGGUCCAACGUCCUCAAAGGUCCCACCACCGCCACGGCGCCAGGCUCCGCCCCCAGCCCUGCCCUCGACCCGGCCUCCCCGCCCGCUAAACCCCGCCCCUCCACCCCCCCUCCAGAAGGGGCGUCGCCCAACCCCAUCCUGCCCCCCGCCAGCUUCCCCUCCUCCAUCCUCCUCCCGGCUGCCUCGUCACCGCCGGCCUCGCCCCCGGCCCCGCCCCCGACUCUGGCCCCGCCCCCAGCUCCGGCCCAGACCCCGGCUCCGGCCCCGCCCCCGGCUCUGGCGCCGCCCCCGGCUCUGGCCCCGCCCCCGACUCUGGCCCCGCUCUCGGCUCUGGCGCCGACCUUCAUCGCCCCCAUCGCCCCCUCCCCCGGCGCCGCCCGGAGCUUCCAGCGCUCGUUUUCCCCCCUCCUCCCCCCGUCCCCCAGCCCCCCUCCCGCCUCACCUGUGGCUCCUCCUCCUCAGGGGAAAGAGACUCCGCCCACAAAUUCUCCGGCGGCACCUCGGACCUUCCAGAACCAGAGCUUUGAGUCCUGGAUCCUUCCCCGAGUCUCCGCGGCUCAGAACCAGAACCAGGACCAGAACCAGAACCAGACUCUGGUCAUGGAGGUGCAGAGUGAGGUCCAGUCCUCAGACCCGCAGACCGGCACCGAGCCGGACCCGGAACUGGACCCGGAACCGGUCCACCCCGCCCCCCAGAACCGGGCCGAGACCCCCCAGAACCAGACCGAGGCCCCCCAGAACCGGGCCGAGACCCCCCAGAACCAGACCGAGGCCCCCCAGAACCGGGCCCCCCACCAGAACCUGCUGCAGCUGACCCAGCUGUACCAGGACCCGCUGUUCCCGGGCUUCCCCCAGGACCGGCAGGGCCAGGUGGCCCAGAUCCCCCCGCUGUCGGCCAGCAGGACCGGUUCUGACCUGCCGCCAGACGUCGACAUCUUGAGGUUUUUCUUCAACCUGGGAGUCAAGGCCUACUCCAUGCCCAUGUGCCCCCCCUUCUGGUACCUGCUCCCCCUGCAGCAGGCCUUCACCAUGCAGCCCAAGGCCCCCUCCCCCACUCCCGCCCCCCCCGACCCAGACCCGGCCCCAGGAGCCCUACCCCGCACCCCUGACUGCACCCCAGGACCCGCCCCCCCUGUCCCGGCCCCAGGAGCCCUACCCCGCCCCCCCGAUCCAGACCCGGCCCCAGGAGCCCUACCCCUCCCCGACCCCCCGGCCCCAGGAGCCCUACCCUACCCCCCCGACCCAGACCUGGCCCCAGGAGCCCUACCCCGCCCCCCUAACCCGGACCCAGGAGCCCUACCCCGCCCCCCUAACCCGGACCCAGGAGCCCUACCCCCUGACCCAGACCCGGCCACAGGAGCCUUACCCCGCCCCCCAGACCCGGCCCCAGGAGCCCUAUCCCGCCCCCCCCGUACCAGUACGAGCCCCACCCCUCUGCCGCCGGGACCCCCCCGUCCAGCGAGCCCCCCUUCGGCCAGGCCGGGUACCCGGGGGGCAUCCUCCCACCCCCCCAGAUGCCUCCCAGGAUGCCCAGCCCCUCGUUGCCGUGGCAACAGAUGUCCCUGCCUCCCAACCCCGGCUAUCAGGCGGGCUACCCCUCCGCCGUUCCAGCGUACCCGGUGCCCCCGCCCGGCCCCCCGCUGCACCCCCUCUACCCCCAGGGGGGGUCCCAGUUCCCCCACUUCCCCCUGGGGUUCCAGCCCCCGGCGAACUCCGAUGAGAUGCAGCCCCUGGAAGGCCCCGCCCCUGCUAGUGUGGCUAACGCUAGCAGCAGACCCGUCAUGGUUCCUCAGAGCUUCGAACCGUCGUACCGAGGCCCGCUGAAGCAGCUCCACCCCCCCGGUUACCUGGCAACCGCCGCCCCCCUGGAGGGGGCGGGGCCCCGGCCGCCCACGGACCAGAGGCGGAACUACCACGGGCGGGGCGGGCGCGGCGGGCGAGGGGGCCGGGGCCAG